AUGAAGGUUGUACUCCUUGCGCUUGCUGUUGUAGUGUCAGUAACUAGAGCUGUGCCUGUCGAUUAUCAUGGAGUUUACGCACCAGUUCACGCUGUUCCGGUCCAUGCUGAGCCAGUGGCAUAUCCAAAGUACAAAUUUAAUUAUGGCGUUAAAGAUGGACACACCGGUGACAUAAAGGAGCAAUCGGAAGUUAGAGACGGCGAUACAGUAAAAGGGGAAUAUUCGCUUGUAGAACCCGACGGAACCAUAAGGAAAGUCGAGUACUUUGACGACGGUCACAGUGGUUUCAAUGCAAUUGUGCAUAAGACUGGACAUGCUCAUCAUCCUCAAACGCAUAUACCAGUAGCGCACGAAGUUUAUCAUCACUGAUCUCGA